AUGAUAGGCAAGAAGGUCGGAACUUCUGUGGACAAGUCUCCAGCGGCCAGAAAAUCAAAGGGGGUCGAAUCGUCUGCACCUAUCAUCGAACCAUCGGAAUUGUACAGAUUGGAAGAUGAAAUAGCCCGUUCAACGACUCACGCUGAGCUCGAAAAACGUUUUUUGCAAGAGUCGGCAAAAUUGAGAGCUGUUCUGCAAAAAUUCAUAGACGGGGAUACCGAGCCUUGUAGCUCGAGCGUUCUGCUCAAUAUUAUCCAAAUGCGCAGAUGUUCAAGAAUUGCACACUACGCGACGGCACAGCUUCGCUCUGAAACGAGUGCGCAGCUUGAGCAGGUAGAAGCGAAGUACCUACUCCUUCAAAACUCAUCGAGCGAAAUACAACAUUUGCAAAAAGAAAUCAGUCGCUGUCUGCAAUUCAGCGCUGGUGAUGAAGAUAUCGAUCUUGUUCCACUGGAGGAGUUUUAUGCCCAUGCUCCUGAAGGAGUUUCUCGCCCGGAAGUGACCAGAACGAAUGAACACGAACAGCGAUUAGCAAGGUUGACGUGGGAGAUCGCACAACGAAAAGCAUUGGUCGAUACAUUAACAGAACAAGAAGGACGUCGGAAUGUUCUCAUCAGCAGCAUUAAUGGGAAGGAGCAACGAUUGAAAAGUCUUCGAUCAAAAAUUUCGUUGUUAAUAACAGCUGCCAAGCCCGUGCAAGAGGCGCUAGGGGUUGGAAAUGCUUCGGCCUCAUCAGCAGAACAACGGGCUCUGUUUUCGUUACUUCCGCAUGACCUGUCGGUAUUAUAUGUUCAAGCAGAGGCGUAUAGAGAUAUUAUGGAAGAUACAAGCUUACACGUAGUCAUUCGUGGAGAUGCCAGUGAGGCUUUGCGACUGAAUCGACAGCAGAAGGAGGAGACCGAAGAGAAGGAAAGGAGCGACGAUGAAGAAACCAGCGACAAUGAUGAGCGACACAGUGUGGUGUCAGAUCGAUUGGAGUUGAACAAGAAAGCAGUGACUCAGCCACAUCCUAUUUAUCUCAAGAUCGAUAUAGGAUGUCAUGAUGAUGUGAAGGUUGCCCUGAAACUGUUCUAUUUGCCAGAGCUGCGGGUGACGUGUAUGAAGUAUAAGGUUACUGGCAAAUUGCCGACACAUGGUGGUGUAUCCGCGCAUGAAAAUCUGCUUGACUCAUUGUUCCCUGGUGACGAUGGAACGGAAUGUCCCAAUCCCAUUGGAGCUGCAAAACUAGCUCAGCUCAAGAUUGGUGUGGAUUCCUUUGCCAGUAAGUAUGGCCGGCCGUAUCGGUUCGUGCAAGCCUUAACAGGAUCGGCUUCAUUACCUGGCGGAGAUUCGACCUCAAAAAUCGACACCACUGGCAUACAACUGGCUGAUGUACUGCAUGAUGUUGUGAAGGCUAUUCGCAGUCGAGUGGGAGCGCGAGUAAAACUUGUCCGUCAGUUGAUCGAGCUAGAGUCAUCACCUAUGGAUGCUGUACGGGCAUUCGAUGUUCCACUGAAAAUGGUGACACAGAUAUUCUUCUUUCAAAAUGAUCGAUGA